AUGUCGUUCAUCAGACAAAAUCCCUUUGGCUCGGCCCGACCACUACUCUCCGUUCGACCAACAAGUUUGUGCCAUUGGGCCAGUGGGAUUCACAACUAUACAAGAGCGACCUUGUUGUCCAAUUAUCCUGAGCUCAGCGAUGGUGCGGCCAGGAAGCGUAUCUUGGAGCAAUACACCAAUCAAUGUGCGAGUCUGGGCGUAAAGCAGGUUACCGAGCUUCGGAAGAUUCGCCUUCCACAAAUAUAUCUCAAGCAAUUCGUCCGUGUGAGAUCCAGUGCUAUAGCAGCUAGCUUCUUGGAGAACGGGCCAUCGGAAAAGCUGGCCAGACCGUACAGAGAGUGCGAGCAAUGGUUGGAGAACAACGCGUCAAAAGUCGAAGAACUGUACGAAGCCGAGAGGAAUGCUACACUGAGAAGAUUUCCCAAGCUCGCGAUAGCAGCUAUGAGAGAAAAUAUCCUGAAGCAGUACAACAUGAAGUGUGAAAGAAUCCUCGUUUCAAGGAGCAAAGAAAAGACAGUCGAGCAACCGAGAGAAUUCGUAGCAGGUACUACACAUGAAGAGAAGCAUCAUUUUUGCGAAUUGNCGUUACAGUAUGUCGCAAUACAUCUGAUCGACACUCCAAUCACCUCAAGGGACGCGCUCGAAAACUGGAAGGCGGAGUUCAAACGCUGUCAAGAUACCGUCACCAAGGCCACAGAAUUCACAAUCGAAGAGGAAAGCGCAGAGGCUUUGGCAACUUACCCCGACCUCGAGGAUCCUGAUGUCUGUCGCAGAGUCAUAGACGAACACAAUGAGCGUGCCGCGGAGUUGAGAGAAGCAGACGAGCAGGGAAUCAAGAUACUCUCGGAUCAGAUCCCAGCGAAAGAGGUGGAGAAAUUCUUAAUCUUGAGACUCGAAUCACACGCUAUACAGGCUUUGUCACCUGGUAGUGAGUCGAUAGAACGCAGGAAGAAGCGAUACCAAGUGCGCAAAGAAACCCUGGCCAAUUUGGACAUCGUCUGGGCCCAGGAGAAACGCGGCAGCAGAUGGAUAGUCAUUCCAAACCCACUCACGGUCCUGGAGUGGAUUGGGGUUGGAACAUGA